UUUACUAAUUUAAAAGUAAGCCAAGAUCUCUGCAUACUCAGACAUUCUCUGGGGCUCCUAGUGGGGGAGCACCCGUCUUUCUAUUGGGUCAUUAUUUUUGAUCCUUGGUGUAAAUCUGACGAUAUUUUUAGUGCUGAAUCAUAGAGAUUACGAUAUCUUGGCAAAGUCGAUCAUUAUAGGAGACUCUUGUGUUGGGAAAUCAAGCCUGAUGCUGAGGUACUCAGAAGAUAGCUUUGAUUGCCAUCAAUUCUCCACAAUAGGUGUUGAUUUCAAGAUAAAGACUAUUAAAGUUAACAAUAAAGUCGUCAAGAUGCAGAUCUGGGACACUGCUGGUCAAGAGAGGUUCAGGACGAUCACCAAUAGUUAUUAUAAGGGUGCUCAUGCAAUCUUGUGUGUCUAUGACUGCACCGAUAGAAAAUCAUUCGAAAAUAUCCAACACUGGAUGCAGGAAAUUGACAAAUACGCCAAAGAUAAUGUCGUCAAGGUUAUUAUAGCAAAUAAGAUCGAUAGGGAGGACAGAGUUGUCUCUUCAGAUGAGGGAAAGAAGCUGGUUAGCAACCUCAAUCAUCUUUACAAGUCUAAAAUCUCCUCAGAUGCCUAUAAAGUUCACUAUUUUGAAGCUUCUGCUAAGACCGGUGAAAAGGUAGAAAACCUUUUUGCUUUUUGUGCUGAGAAGAUACUUUAUGCACAGAAGAUCGCGGUCGAAGAAAAAGAUGAGAAUGCUAAGAUUUUAGAACAUCCAGAGCUCGCUCUCCCUAGGAAGAGAAAGAGUAGAUGGUGUAGAUGGCUGCUUGAUUCAUUUUAGU